AUGGCCUCCAACGUUCUCGCUGAGAAGGAUGUCAACACUCCUGUUGCCGCCGCUACCAACGAGCCCGGCUCCAAGGAGGUUAAGAGCAUGGAAUACCACCGCCAGGUCCUGCAGGACAAGAUGGCCCAGGAGAACUCCAAGACAUACAUCUCUCCCUCUGACAACAUCAUGAGCCCUUGCACUGCAAAGCUCAACGCCCUCCGCAACAAGCAGGUUGGCAAGGUCAAGCCGAAGUCCCUCUUCGCCCAGCACUCCGCCAAGAAGCUCGAGGGCGACGCUCUCUUCGGCAGCAGGACGCCGUCGCCCCCCAAGGAAAACGCCUUCUAG